CACGUGUUGACAUUCCCAUUAGAUUUAUAUCGUUACCUUUACCGUUCUUGCAUAGUUGCAUAAUUGCAUUGCAUCUAUGGGCUUUUUCUUCUGAAUGGCGUGAAAGAAAAUAUUAAUUGGAGAAAGAGGGUGAAAAAAAAACAAAAUUAGCUGUCUGGGGUAGUUUUCUUUUAGCAUUCGAGAGAUUCCAUGCGAAUCCUAAUAGGACAAACAACUUUUCCAGAACUGAAUGACAUGAAGUCAGGUUGACCAGGUACCAUUCGUAGGAAACCUUGCGAAUCCUAAUAAGACAAGGAGAAUCAGGUGCACCAGGAGAGAUUCUCCUCCUUCCCGAUGCAGUUUGACUGAGGAACAAGGGGCAUUCGCAACAAAGCUCGCGAAUGGCUGUCAUUGGAUGGGACGUAGCAGAGCUUGCAGGCAUGCAGAGGCAUGCAGAGGCUUUCGUAGCCUGCCACGCGAAUAGCUUGUCGGCCACGAUCAAAGCAUGCACAGGCAUUCGCACUUGACCUCGCGAAUGGCUUGUUGGCUAUGUUCUGCAUUUCUGGCGGUCUGAAACCCCUAUAAAAAGACCCCCAGAAAUGUUGAAGCCUCAUUUCUUUCAAGCCUCAUUUCUCAACUUCACCUCUCCAACUCUCUCAAUUCUCAACUUUCAAGCCUCAUUUCUGAACUCUCAAGUGAUAAGUUUGAUACCUCUCAAGCUCUACCUACCCUCAAACUCUCUCAAGUGUAAAAGUCUCUAUAUUGUUGGUUUUGUAAAUGGCGGAUGAAGCAGUGCUAACUCUCGGUCCAAAAAAUCCGACGUUGUUGGUGAAACAAAACAAACAUGUGUCGGGAUAUGUUUGGAACCAAACAAGUAAGAAAGUCUUGAAGCUGAGAUUACCCCACAUUCCUUUGGAUGGUGUCCCUCCACAAAUCGAACAAUACGUUCGAUUGGCCGGAUUUUACGAGGUCGCUCUAUGUGGUUCUCUCAAACAAGACAAAGUGUUGAUAUCCGCAUUGGUGGAGCGUUGGCGGCCCGAGACGCACACCUUUCAUAUGCCGUUUGGAGAGUGCACCAUCACUCUUCAAGAUGUUGCCGUUCAGCUGGGACUAAAUAUUGAUGGACAACCUGUUACCGGGGUGACAUGGUGUGACUGGUCUGAUCUCGUUACUCGUGCGCUAGGAGUCACUCCACCGCGACGUGCUAUUAGAGGAAGUUGUUUAAACAUGAGAUGGUUAAACCAGUGUUUUGAUUUUCAAAACCUAGGUGCACUUGGGCCGGCAGAAGCUGAAUUUGCUGCAAGAGCAUUCAUUUUGCGCUUGAUUGGAACUUUCUUAUUACCCGACCACUCGGGAUCACAUGUGCCUCUAAGAUAUCUACUACUAAUAGAGAAUUUAGCUCUGGCCUCCACGUACAGUUGGGGUUCGGCUGUGCUUGCAACUCUCUAUCAUGAGUUAUGCCAUGCAACCGGUUAUGAACGACAAGAAAUCGGUGGUUGUACUUAUUUGCUCCAAAUCUGGGCUUGGGAAAGGAUUCCAAUGACUGCCCCUGAAAUCAUACCGAUAUUGCAAAUCGGCUGCCCCAUCGCAGGAAGGUGGGGAAGAAACCCAAAUCGUGUUGACGUUGGUCGUCAAACGAAUCAAAUUGAUUUGUGGCGGAUCAAGCUCGACGAACUGAGAGCUGAAGACUUUGUCUGGAGGCCAUACCCAGAUCAUGUUAUAAAUUCGCUACCGGAACGGUGUUGGCAAAGUAUGCACUUGUGGAGAUCAGUUGUGCCAAUGAUAUGCUACACCUUUGUUGAGUGGCACCAACCGGAUAGAGUCUUGCAACAGUUUGGCAUGUUUCAGGGGGUACCUGACCCACCAUAUCAAAUUGAUAAACUGCAUGACAUAACUUUGGCGGGGAAGGAACAGGAAGAUUGGGUUACAGCCAUGAUGCCCUUUAUACAGGUGUGGGGGCAAAGACACCAAAGGAUAGUUCAGCAACCCGUGGUUAAUACGUUAGCUGGCCCUAACGACCGUUACAUGAAGUGGUACGCCCAACAUUUCAUUCGUUGGCUGACGCGUCAGAGUUCGACAACAGGGCAAAUUGGUGAAAACAUUCAACAUGUGUGGUAUGGACUUUCUGACGUCGAUCGCGGUAUGUAUACACCUGAGGAAAUGCAAAGCCAAGCCGCGCGUUGCCUUACUUUAUGUCACCAGCUGGACAGGAUUACUGUUCCUGCCGCGUCAGUUGAACUCAUGCCUAUGGACUUACCACGUCCCACAAUUGAAUACGUACCACAUGUUGGAAGAGCAGAAGCACAGGGUUUGGGCAAGUAUUGGAAAGAGGUGCAUGCUCAGGAUGUGACUAUACAUGGAGGUACUCUACCACCUCGAGAGGGCGAGUACUCGUUGUAUCCCCUACAUCAGGGUGAUUCAUACCGACAAUACCACUUUGGUGGUGGGUCGAGACAGCCUGCAAAUGAGUCAGGGUCAUCUGGUAGUUCCCAACACUACCAAGAGCCACAGGUGCAGAUGCCGGAGUCACAACCAUAUUCUGGCUCACAACCAUACAUUGCGGACAUGUCGUUUGGUGAAUCACAGUCACAACAAUAUUUUCAAGAGGAGCCUCAUUCGAUUUAUGACCAGUUCAGGACACCGGAAAUGCAGCACAUUGAUCCCCAAGGAUGGAGCCCUGUACCUGGAUGGGGAGGCGGUGGUGUAAGUGAAGUGUUGGAAAUUCCCCGAGCUUCUGACGUGUUGAAUCCCCGACCAUCAUUCUGGAAUGUUGCCAACCCAGAUGCAAUCAGCAAUGCACAGGCUAGCUUUGUGUUUGACUUGAACCAAGCAUCUGGAGUAGGAGACAAUGAGUCCAACAUCCAACAUGGACUUUCUUAUGGCCAAGGUAGCCAACAUGAGAACCAAGCAGAGCAGGAAGGUAGGCCAUAUCGAGUAGCGAGAGACACACCUUGGCCUGAUUGCGGAACAGGAUCCCAUCGAAUUCAUCAUUGAUCUAUUGUACUGUUUUUUGUUAAUUAAUGAAUAUGAUGGAAAAACAUUAGUUUAAUUCAACAAACACACAACAAACACAAGCAACCCAAAUAUAAAAACAACCCUCAAACACAAGUACAUCCCUCACACACAAGAACAACAUCUAUCUCUGUAGCGUAACAGAUCUUCGACUCGAUUGAGGCUCCGUCAAGUCCAUCUCAUUUCUUAUUCGAGUUGACCUAGGACGACCCUUCGCCCUAGCCGUGGACGGAUCUGGAACAAUUCGAUCCCCUUCCCUUGGUGGCAUGUUCAGAUCAUUGCCAAUUGGAUACCACUGUCCUUGAUACGCGUCCAAUAUGCUCUGAAGCGUAUAAACAGGGUCCACCAAACUCCAAUAGUCUAAACUUUGAUGCAUACAGGCAGC